AUGGCUCAGCCGACGAAGACACUCACCGAUCUGCCACCCGAACUCCUGGACCACAUAACAAGCUACUUACCCACCGCACGAGCUGUCUCGAACCUCUCGUCCACCUCCAGGAGCUUGAAUACAUUCGUCGAGAAAGAUGCCUGGCAGACAUUCGCACGAGAACGCUUCCCCUCGCUCUAUACCCACAAGAACACUGUGACAGGCAAAGACGCCUCACGCACCUUGACGACUCUCUCAAGAGCGUGGGACAGACGAGCAUUCGUAGCAAGAUAUACCGAACCGUGGGGCGAUAUCACAGCUUUCCCCGGCAAUAAGAAGGUUGAUCGAUGGAAGAGGCCACGAGGACAGACGAUCGGGUUUACGCCACAGUUGGACUGCUUUGAAGAGGAAGGCAAGCAGAGACGAGAUGUACUGGCCUUUAGUGCUGGCGCAGAGGUCUGUGUAAGACAGACGGAACGACACAAAGAUGCGGCAGACGAAGACCGUGUUAGUUGGAUGACUUACAGGCCACUCAGUGCUGUUGAGGGCAGGGACGAUGUGACGAGCCUGCAUCUGUUGAGACGGCAAGAAGGCGAAGGCGACGACAGGAAGCUUCAAUUGAUCACGGGCACCGCGAACGGGGAUCUGCAAUUGAUUGGAUUAUCCCAAGGGGAAGACGAGGAGGUAUCGAAAUCCUGCUUUGUAACCCAAGGGCUGCCCAUUCGGUCCAGCAGUCUCUUGCAAGAGGCAUGGCGGCCGCCUUUACUUGCAGCAAGCCUCGACGAUACAAGGGUGAGCCUUUACAAUGUGGAUGCCACUCAUCCGAAGACGGAGCCAUCAAGCCAGAUAGAGAUUCGACGACCCACCAACGGUCACAGGACAUAUCGUGCUUGGUCGACAAACUUCCUAUCUUCCUCCCACCUGGCCGUUGGCCUUGGACCGAGUGAGGAGCCAAUUUAUAUCCACCAGCUUUCUGAGUCUGGCCUGACCAAAGAUCCAAUCCGCAAAUACAGUCUGCAGAACGAUCUCGAGAAGCUAGAAGGCGAGAUCACGCUCUCCGGCUUCGCUAAGAAGAGUACUUCGUCCGUCUACCCUAUCGUGCCAUUACCACCUCUAGGCACAGCAGCCAGCAACGAUGCCCAGGUCUUCUUGUCCGGCGCUUACGACGGUAUCAUCCGUCUCCACGACCUCCGCUCAGCCCGUGACGUCGAGCAAGCCUACGUCGACCGUACGGACGAAAGCGCGAUCUACUCCCUCCUCCCUCGCGGGCAGGAGAAGCUUGUAGCAGGGACGAGCCGACACAACCUCCUGAAAGUCUUCGACAUGCGGCUAGGCGCGAAAGCGUACACCUACCUUGACGCCCAGUCAGGUGACAACUAUGGGCCAGAAUUUUCCAGACGAUCAAGCGGCCCUGCUACAAAUCACUGGAACCUCUUCCUCAAACCUAACAGCGCCACCUAUUCCGGCCGCGGCGGUGGCAACAACUGGGCUCGUCGCAGUGCGGAAAGCAGCAUCUACUCGCUCGCCUCGCCUUCGUCCAUGAGCCCGUUCGUCUACGCUGGCGUUGAGAAUGCUGUGGUAGAGAUGGUGUUUACGUCCGUCGCUGACAACACGCCCGACCCACGGUACUUUGCUCCACCAGCCAAGGGGCAGGCGAAGAAGAGCGCAGUGAGGGGUUUCAGAGACAAGGAGAUCCUGGAUCUGGCGAUGUACGAUCAGGAAUCUGGCUUGAAGCUGAUGACGCAGCGGAGCAUUUGGGAGACGCAGAGGGCAGUGCGGGCUGCGAAGUCAAGUCAGGCGACGGAGAGUGCGGAGAUGUUGGAUGGCUUGGAUGAGAGGUGGAGGAGUGGUGGAUCAUGA